AUGGCCCCCGUCGCCGUUUUUUUGUCGCCCCUGCUUUCUGCGGCCAGUGGCGUCCUUGCCCAUGUCGCUGUCUUUCGCCGGGGAGAGUGGGACAUAAGCUCUCCGUCAAUCUUCGUUUUCUAUGCCACUGUGUUUACUGCGGCCGCCGUCGCGAGCCAUGUUGAUCUUAUCGCGCUUCCCCUAGCGGCGGUUGCACAGAUCGCUGCCUAUCACGUCGUGGCGCUAUACACCAGCAUGCUAGUCUAUCGGGGGUUCUGCCACCGGCUAGCCGGGUACCCCGGGCCGUUCCUGGCGCGUCUCACCACUUUUUACAUCACCGCACGGUCCAUGAAAAAGAUGCACCUUUUUGAGGAGGUUCAAACCCUCCACGCACAGUACGGAGAUUAUGUCCGUGUCGGCCCCCGGGAACUUUCCAUCGCAGACCCCAAUGCCGUCAAAGCACUGUACAGCAGCCAAUCUCCCGUCACCAAAGGACCAUGGUACACACUGCUAGAGCCUCGGGUGCCCCUUUUUAUGGCCCGCGAUAAGCAAGAGCAUGCUCGCCCCAUCCAAGGAUACGAUCCACGCAUCACCAAAGCCAUCAACCAGCUGCUCGAGGCCGUCGACCGCAGCAAGGGCGUGCCAUUUGACGUGUCGCAAUGGUUUUCGUACUUUGUGUUCGAUGUGAUGGAGGACUUGGCCUUCAACAAGUCGUCCAACAUGCUGGCUGAGGGCAAGGAGGCUUACGUUUUUAAGACGAUCCGUACCGACAUGUUCAACAUUGCCCUCUUCACGCACAUGCCCUGGCUGUUGCCAUUCCUAAAGCGCACCCCAGUUCUCAACUGGAGCUACCAUGAGUUCCUCGGCUGGAUCCAGAAGUUGGUGGACGAGCGCAAGAAGAUGGAGCCUGAGCACCCCGAUAUCUUCUCUUGGAUUCUCGAGGCCUUUGAAAAGAGCCCCAAAUCCAAGCGCGACCACCUCAACCUGCAUGGCGAUGCCCAACUCAUUGUCAUUGCCGGUAGCGACAGCGUGGCCGCUGCGCUAACCCACAUCUUCUUCCAUCUCGCUUGGGACCCCGUCCUGACCAAGCGCCUGCAAACGGAGUUCGACGCCCUCCCGGAUAUUUCACACGACAACUUGAUGACGGUUCCUCUUCUUGACGCAGUUAUCAACGAAACGAUGCGUCUGCAUCCACCCGUCCCGUCCGGGACCCAACGUGUCACGCCGUCCGAGGGCAUGUGGAUUGGGGAGAACUUUAUUCCGGGCGACACCAUCGUGCAAGUGCCUAGCUACACACUCUUCCGGGAUUCGCGCGCAUUCCAAUACCCCAAUGAGUUUAUUCCGGAGCGCUGGACCUCGCGGCCUGAGCUAGUGCUCGACAAGUCGGUCUACAUUCCGUUUAAUGCCGGUCGCUACGCUUGCGUCGGCAAACGCCUCGCCAUGUUGGAACUCCGUCGCGUGGUGGGCGAGAUUCUACUCCGGUACGACUUGACUAUUGCGCCAGGCCAGACCAAGCAGGCGUUCUUGGAUGGCAAACAAGACACAUUUACCACUGUGUCGGCAUCGCUACCCAUCAUCUUCACAGAGCGCGCCGAAGUGGUGUAA